UGUCACAACAACACCAUCAACAAAACUGCAUCUCGCACCCAGUGGGUAACCAGACUUACGGGCAUAUUUUGUACGACAACAAUAAUGGAAGACACGAACCCAGAGCUAGAGCAGUUCCGCCAACAAUGGCGAGCUGAGGUGUCCGCAAAGACUCACACCGAUAACAAUAGAGGUACAAAGCCAACGAAGGCCACUCGCAGACCACCUCCAAUCGCAAGUCUUGGAUCUAGCAGAGGAAUCAAGCCCGCCCAAGAAGAAGAAGAAGAAGAUGCAGAUUCCCCAAUAUUCGACUCCAUACACGGAUCUCGAGUAGAAACAGGACAUGGAGAGGGUUCCAAAGCCGUGCCAAAAGAGCCACAGUCUGCCUUGGAACACUAUGAGAAAGCGGUAGAGCGGGAAAGUACAGGCAAGCUUGGAGAAAGCUUGGAUCUCUACCGCAAGGCCUUUCGUAUGGAUGAUCGAGUUGAUCAGAAGUACAAGAGCAAACAUUUCCCUCCUUCGUACUUUGCAUCGAAACCUUCCAACCCAAAUCCAUCAAAUGCCUCCGUUACAGUCCCAAAUACUGCCCAUCACUCCCUAGACGGGUCCCCACAAACUAUAAAACAACUCAUAAGCGCGUUCUCAGGUCUCUCCAUUGAGCCUGCUCCUCCCGCCAUUGAAGGCACACCUUCCCCUCCGUGUCCUAUUGCAACUCUCCCGGAGGAGAUCCUCGUCCAUAUUUUCACAGAUCUUGCAAUCAUAGACGUUGCGUCGUUCGUCAGACUUGCACAGGUGUGCAAGCGGAUGGCAUAUCUCGUGGCCACGGAAGAGCAAGUUUGGAAGCGAAUAUGUCUGGGCUCUGAAGUUGGAUUCGGAGCGAUGCAUUAUCAGUGGCAACGAGAAGUUCUCGGUGGCCCUCUAAAAGAAGAAGAGCCCGAAUUUGAAGACACAGACGAGGAUGUGGUUCGACCUCUGGAUAAUGGAGCAAUCACAGAACUAUUGCAUAGCAGUGCAUACGCAUCUUCGUGGCAUCAAAUGUUCCGGACUAGACCAAGAGUCCGCUUCAAUGGUUGCUACAUCAGUACUGUGAAUUACCAGAGAGCAGGUCAAGCUUCUCAAUCUCAAGUUACAUGGCACAGUCCAGUACACAUUGUCACGUACUACCGAUAUCUGCGAUUUUUCAGAGAUGGAUCUGUGAUCAGUCUACUCACGACGAGUGAGCCGGCCGAAGUAGUGCACCAUCUCACAAAAGAGCUACAAGAAACUCACAGAGGCGGUGCGGCACCGCAUCUUCCCUCCAUCGUUAUCCAACACGCAUUACGAGGACGAUGGCGUCUCUCCACAACAAUUGAUAAUCCUGAAGUCGACAUUAAAGACGCUGAGGGCGAUGUCUUUAUCGAAACGGAAGGAGUAAGUCCGAAGUACAUGUAUCGAUUGAAACUUUCAUUGCGUUCUGCUGGCAAGGGCGCAAGGAACAAUAAACUCGUUUGGCAGGGAUUCUGGAAUUACAAUCUCCUGACCGACGACUCCGGAGAGUUUACGUUGAGGAACGAUAAAGCUUUCUUCUGGAGUCGUGUCAAGAGCUAUGGCGAUGGAGCAUGAUCCCUCGCGGCCUGCAAAUGUCAAUAAAGCCGUCAACCGAGCUCCGUUCUAAAUAAACAUGUUUGCUCAAGUCAAUAUACUUGAGACCAGACGUAGAACUGGAUUUUUGGGCAGAAGUGUCAAGUCAAAGCCAACAACUGGCAUACUCACCACAAGCUAUGGAUCCAUGAUGGUUUGUGCGAGCGAGGGUGUCCUCGCUUCGGUCCAACAUCCAUAUCAAGCGACAACGCCAUUCCAACAUGCCCCGAACGUAGUCUGAUCUCAUCUCACAUCAUCUCAGUCAUCUCACAACCUCAGAUUUAAGCUAAUCAAGCAGACCCCUCAGCCCAGUCCAAGCGUGCCGUGCUCGCCAAACUUCCACGCCAGUGUCUGAGGUUUCGUCGAUGAAACAUCCGCCUCCGCCUCCAUCUCACCAACCACAAGUCCCCUCGCAUUCACAAUCCGCGCCCCUCAUCCUCACUACGGAGUAAAACCCUUGAGCCACGUCCUCGUUACGUUUUCCUAAUAAAGUUUCGCCCACGCCAUCUGAACGCACCUGUUCGUCAUCCGGACCGAGCUCGGUUUUCGUUUCACAACUUGCUCGAAUAGUUUCUCAGUCGUCACUCACGAUUCGCUCCGCACGUAUGUCACGCCAUGGAGCAGCUCCUCGUUAUUUCCUCGCUUGUCAAGGGCCUGUUGGUGGUUCUCGGAUUGUUCUCGUGGCUUGCGAGACAUGAGGUUCGGAGGACAGGGGAGCCGGAGAUCCUACGCCAUGGGCGCACAAGCCUCGGACUGUUGGCCUGGGCUGGUGGCUGCCGAAGCUGUUUCUAGAAACACAUAUUAGCUGUGCAGCUCCCCUGGAUUGGCGUGAGAAGGUUCGAGCUUUUGACUUCUUCAGUACGAUCACAGUGUGGCAAUCGCGGCAACUUAUUCGACCUUCGUCAUCGCUGUAUAACCUUUCAGUUCAGAUCGCACUGUUCAGAUCGCACCGUCGACUUUGGGAACUACAGUUGUGGCCGAAUUCUGAAGUGAACGUAAAGGCAUCGGCUUGGCAUCUUGUCUGUUUGUUUGUUCAGCCGAGUCAGUUGUGCUGAGCUUUUUGGGUUUGUGGACGUGGACUGGGAAGUGGAAAGUGGGGCAGUGGGAGUUGGAUAUACACUUUGUCUUGGGAUCAUAUGAUGGUGGCGAUGUCAAAGGGCAACGUUUCUGUCAUCGGCACCACUUACACUCCCAGCCAUCGACCUAUCUACCCAAUCUAUACCGAUCUGGAACUGGGCCUGUCUCACCAACAGUUCCUUUCUCGUUCGGGCUCUUGACUCUUCAUAUCGAGUCUCAAACUUGAGAUAUCCAACGACAAGAUGGAGAAAUCACUAUUCUCGAUAUUACUAGCAGUCAGCAUACUUGCAUCCACCGUCACAGCAGCAUGUUCGCCACCGAAUAUCCUCCUCGCAGUAGGCGAUGCCAGAUUCUCAGUCCCUUUAUUCAAAGACUGCAAUUUCGGCGACCCCGAAGCAGUAACUCCAGGAAAUAACCCCUCCGCACCCCCCACAGCAACAAGCGCCUCCGCCGACUACAGCCAAUACGUGGACUCCUCCGGCGCACCCUUAAACUCCGAAAGCAAAAAGAAACUCCUCGCGUUCUUCGGCCAGGCUGUCAAACUAGAUGUUCUGCUUGAGCAGACGAUAUGUACCAUCACGGAUACGGGGAAUGAGAUUCUGGUCGUUGAGGAUGGGAGG